UAAAAACAGCGGGACUGGCGAGCGGGAUAGUUUGAUUAAAUUGAAAAGAUGGAUGAUCUGAUCCAGGAUCAGUCCAGAUGUGUAGCUUGUGAGCAGGUUCUGAGAGAUCCGGUCUCUAUCACGUGUGGACACAGUUUCUGCAGACAUUGCAUCAGUUUCUACUGGGAUCAGUCAAGACUAGCAGAGGACUUUGACUGUCCUCUGUGCAGAAAGAAAUCUAGAACACGUCCUGUUCUACAGAUGCACGGAGUCUGUUACACACCAGCAUCCCUGCAGGUGGAGACUGAAAACCUGAAAAGAGUCAAAGAAAAGCAUAAAACCAGCAUGAAGAACAAGUACGAGAGCUUAUUUGAGGGAAUCAAGCUCAAAGAGAAUGAAACCCUCCUCAACAGGAUCUACACACAGCUUUACAUCAUAGAAGGAGAGCGUAAUGGAGUGAAUGAAGAACAUGAGGUUUUACAGAUGGAGAAAACAGCCAGAACACAACACGCACAAGACACUUCCAUCUACUGCAAUGACAUCUUUAAAGCCUCACCUCAACCCGGAUGUGAGGAGAAAGACCAAAUCAAGACUGUUCUUACUAAAGGCAUCGCUGGAAUCGGAAAAACCAUCUCUGUGCAGAAGUUCAUUCUGGACUGGGCCGAGGGAAAAGCCAAUCAGGAUGUAGAUUUCAUGUUUUUGCUUCCAUUUCGAGAGCUGAACUUGAUUCAAGAUCAUCAAUAUAGUCUUCAGAGACUUCUGCUGGACUUUCAUCCUGAACUUCAAGAUCUGGACUCAAAGACUUAUGAGGAGUGUAAAAUUGUGUUUAUCUUUGAUGGUUUGGAUGAAAGCAGAAUCACACUGAUGUUUGCAGAAACUCAGAAAGUUUGUGAUGUGACUGAGACUUCAUCAGUGGCUGUGAAUUACAUCAAGCGUCUGACAGAAAUUCAGGGGUUCAAUGAGCCUCAGAGGGAGGAAUAUUUCAGAAAGAGAAUCAGUGACCAGCAUCAAGCCAGCAGAAUCAUCUCACACAUCAGAAGAGCAAGAAGCCUCCACAUCAUGUGCCACAUCCCCGUCUUCUGCUGGAUCUCAUCCACUGUGCUUCAGAAGCUCCUGAAAGAAGAUCUGAGUGCAGAAAUCCCCCAAACUCUGACUGAAAUGUACAUCCACUUUCUGCUGAUUCAGAUCAACAUGAGGAACCAGAAGUAUGAAGAGAGAGAUCCAGAGAAACUCCUGCAGUCCAACAGAGAAGUGAUUGUGAAACUUGCUGAAGUGGCUUUCAAACAGCUGAUGAAGGGCAAUGUGAUGUUCUAUGAGGAGGACCUGAGUGAGAGCGGCAUAGACAUCACUGACGCUUCAGUGUAUUCUGGGAUUUGCACUGAGAUCUUCAAGGAGGAAUCUGUGAUUCAUCAGAGUAAAGUCUACAGCUUCAUUCAUCUGAGCAUUCAGGAGUUUCUCGCUGCUUUUCAUGUGUUUUACUGCUAUAUACACAGUACAACUGAGACUCUUAUGGUUUUUAAUUCAAUGCAUAAUCUGCAUCAAGGAGCAAUAGAUAAAGCCAUUGGGAGUGAGAAUGGACGGCUGGAUCUGUUCCUGCGGUUCCUGCUGGGCGUCUCACUGGAGUCCAAUCAGAGACUCUUACAGGAUCUACUGACACACACAGAGAACAGCUCAGAGAGCAUCAGGAGAACUUCACAGUACAUUAAAGAGAAGAUCAAAGAUGGACAUGGACUCUCCACUGAAAGAUCCAUCAAUCUGUUCCUCUGCCUGCUGGAAGUGAAAGAUCAGAGUCUGUCCAGAGAAAUUCAGGAGUUUAUGAAAUCAGACAAACACUCAGAGAAGAAGCUCUCUCCUGCUCAAUGCUCAACAAUUGCCUACAUGCUUCAGAUGUCUGAGGAGCCGCUGGAUGAGUUUGAUCUGAAGAGAUACAACACAUCAGAUGAGGGUAGAAGAAGAUUGAUACCAGCUGUGAGCAACUGCACAAAAGCUCUACUCGCUGGCUGUAAUCUCACUGAUCAGUGUUGUGAGAAUUUAUCAUCAGCUCUACAAUCCUCGAACUCUGUCCUAAAAGAGCUGGACCUGACUAAUAAUGACCUACAGGAUUCAGGAGUGAAGAUUCUCUCUGAUGGACUGAAGAAUCCAAACUGUCAGCUAGAAAUAUUAAGGUUGUCUGGCUGUAUGGUGACAGAGGAAGGCUGUGGUUUUGUGUCUUCAGCUCUGAGUUCAAACCCCUCACACCUGAGAGAGCUGGAUCUGAGCUACAAUCACCCAGGACAAUCAGGAGUCCAGCUCCUCAGUGACAAACUGAACGAUCCUAACUGCUCACUGCAGACACUCAAUAUGGAUCAUGGAGGAGAUUUUAGGAUUAGAGCAGGACUGCAAAAAUAUGCCUGUAGUCUCACACUAGAUCCAAACACAGUAAACAGCCAUCUGAUUCUGUCUGAGGGAAACAGAAAGGCAACAUAUGUGGAAGAGCUGCAGUCGUAUCCUGAUCAUCCAGAGAGAUUUGAGCACCAUCCUCAGGUUCUGUGUGGAGAGAGUCUGACUGGACGCUGUUACUGGGAGGCUGAAUGGAGUGGGAGAGGGACAGAAAUAUCAAUGACAUACAAAGAUAUAAGCAGGAAAGGAGGAAGUGACUGCAGGUUUGGAUUCAAUCAAAAGUCCUGGAAUCUGAGCAGUUUUUAUAACAGACUCACUGUCUGUCACAAUAAUGACAGCACUGAGAUAUCAACCCCUUCAUCAUCUAAUCGAGUAGGUGUGUAUCUGGACUGGUCUGCUGGUACUCUGUCCUUCUACAGCGUCUCUGACACACACACACUCACACACAUACACACAUUCAACACCACGUUCACUGAACCCGUCUAUGCUGGGUUUGGGGUUUAUUAUGGUUCCCCAGUUUCUCUGUGCUAGACUGAACAACAGAGUUGAGGUACUUGGACUUAGGAAUUAUGCAAUUAUGAAUGGACUCGGGUGGACUUGGACAGAACAUAAAAUUAUGAUAAAAAGACUAUUAAACGUCUCCCACUCAAACACAGUUGUUAAUGACUAUGUCUCAACUUGGACUCGACAAGGUGGACUCUGACCCAACCCUAUGUGAACAACCUUAUCUAAGGAGAAACAGAACAACAACAAAAUGUCACACACGAUGUUUGAUUUUAUUUUAUUUUUUCAUUAUUAUUUUUCUAAUUACUGCAGUAUUCUAUUUUUGCAUCAUCAUCCAGAUGAC